AGACUUUUACGUACCUCUGAGUCUACUUGACCUCCCACAUACGUGACUUAUCGCCUCAAACAUCACUCCAAGACGAUGGCUCCUUUCGAUGCCUUCUAGUACCGUCGUACACGCCUACAUCUAGUUGGCUACAGCCAUAAACCGUGUUGCCAACGAACAUCUGUCUGUCGACGAGCCUACCCUGUCUUCACCCGUCUUUCUGAAACAUCUAGGGAGUUGAACAGACAUUCCACAUCCAGCCAGGGACUAGGCAGUACAACGCUGGACGGGCUGGGAUCCUUUAUACUUGUCUGAUCUCAGCGACGGUCACAAAUCGGCAGCCUGCGGGAGAACAUUGAUCAAGUGUGGACCACCCCUUGCAAUAAAGCAAGUCAACAAACUAAAAUCACACGGCAACCAUGUACUAUCAUUGAUUUUGCGGCCACAAGUUGCACUCAUUAUCGCAAUCAUGCACCAACUCGUCUCAGUAGUAGCUCUUCUAUUUUUGAUUGCACGCAUGCGAUACAGGCCUUUUUUACCCACAAUGGCAUAAAGAGAACUCACGUUUAGGCACCAAUAGCUUCUCAACCAUGCGUGUUGCUUAUUGUCAGGGAACGUCACCCCCUCGUAUAAAUACCACUCCUCAUAUUUCCUUUCACCCACUCCUGCCCAUGGCUUGGUCACCGUUCCUCCUUCUCUCCCUCGUUUCUCUCGCAUUCUCUACCCCACUCAACCGACGAUGGGAUGACUUUGUCGAGAAACACUCCUGGGGUGCCACCAUUCCCAAAGGCUGGCAAUUCCAUUCUUCCCCUUCUCCAGAUACCCUCAUCGACCUUCGCUUGGGCCUCAAAUCUGCUCGUAUUGACGAGCUCUUCCACCACCUCGGCCAAACCAGUGACCCUGAUCAUGAACGUUACGGAAACCAUCUGUCGAAAGAGCAAGUCGAAGAACUUGUCGCUCCACACACCGACACCGUUUCUAUGGUAGAAGAAUGGCUGGCUCAUCACGGGUAUCAAGGGUCUGCAGCCUCUCCAGCGGGUGAUUGGGUUACCAUCCGGCUACCAGUCAAAGAUGCCGAGAGGAUGUUGAACGCAGAGUAUGGAUUAUACCACCACCCUGCUUCGAAAGACACUGUUCUACGCACUCUUUCGUAUUCUCUUCCUCGUGAUCUUCUCGGACACGUCGACGUCGUUUCUCCUACCACGUACUUCGGAACAUUCAAGAGCAUGCGUGCGACGUCGUUCUUGAUGCCCGAGGUGGAUUUGGAUCCUGAUGCUGUACCCCCGACGACUUGCAACACACGAAUAACUCCGGAUUGCUUGAAGACAUUGUACAACACUGCCAACUAUACUCAACAAGCUACCAACCGGAACUCUCUCGGUGUUGCCGGUUACCUUAACGAGUUCGCCAAUCGGGCUGAUUUGCAGACCUUCCUCACUCGAUUCGUCCCGGCACGAGCAGGCACCACCUUCACCACCGUACGCGUUAACGGCGGCGGUGACGACCAGAACGAUCCCGGUGUAGAAGCCAACUUGGAUAUUCAGUACACUAUUGGACUUUCUGCACCCGUUCCCAAUACUUACUACAGUACCGGCGGCUCUCCACCUUUCAAACCCGACUCCCAAACUUCGACCAACACCAACGAACCCUACCUCGACUGGCUGAACUUCAUCACAAGUCAGAGUUCCAUCCCUCUCGUCUUCACAACCUCCUAUGGCGAUGACGAACAAACCGUUCCACCCGACUACGCCAACAGCGUUUGCAACCUAUUCGCUCAACUUGGAUCACGAGGUUCCAGUGUUCUCUUUAGUUCGGGAGACUUUGGUGUCGGAGGUGGAGAUUGUCGAACCAACGACGGUCAAAACCGAGUUCAAUUCCAACCUGCGUUCCCCGCUUCUUGUCCGUUUGUCACUACCGUUGGAGGAACCACGAGGACGAAUCCGGAAGUCGCUGUUGAUUUCUCUGGUGGUGGGUUCUCGAACUAUUUCGGGAGACCGGAUUAUCAGAGUACGGCCGUGACGACGUUUUUGAAUGCUUUGGGAACUACGAAUAAUGGGUUGUUCAACAAAACCGGUCGCGCAUACCCCGAUCUAGCAGCCCAAGGCACUGGGUUCCAAGUCAUCAUCGGCGGUAGCACCUCCUCCGUCGGCGGAACCUCCGCAUCCUCCCCAACGGUCGCAGGAAUCAUCGCUCUCCUAAACGACGUCCGUCUCUCCUCCGGAAGAUCCUCGCUAGGUUUCUUAAACCCUCUGAUUUACAAAAACGGAGGUGCGUUUAACGAUAUCACGAGCGGGAGCAAUCCUGGAUGUGGAACGAACGGGUUCACGGCUCGUACUGGGUGGGAUCCGGUUACCGGAUUGGGAACUCCAGAUUUCGCAAAGUUAAGGUUGGUUGUUUAGUGAAUUAUUAUUCUGCAAAGCUUGUAGUGUUAUAUGAAUCACGUUGGAGGGUAAAGGUUGGAUAUUUAUACAGUAAACAAGAAUUAUAAGUUGGCUAGAAACAACACAAUUUAAGUCCUUGCCAAAUCAGAU